CCGUGAGGGGGGCAGCCCGGGGUCAGGAUGCGGCGAAGCCCCCGCCCGGGCUCUGCCGCGUUCCCGCACAAGCACACGCCCAACUUCUAUAGCGACAACAGCAACAGCUCUGUGAGCGUCACCUCGGAGGACAGCUGCGGGCACCAGUCAGCUGGGCCGGAGCCCGGGGAGCCCGAGGGUAGAAGAGCCCGGGGCUCUAGCUGCGGUGAGCCCGCCUUGAGCGCGGGAGUGCCCGGAAGAACCACAAGGGCUGAAAGUUCUCGGCUGAAGCCGGGGCCUCGGAGCCACAAUGGGCCUACCGCCUGUGGCGCGGCAACCGUGAGGGGCGGGGCCUCGGAACCGGCUGGCUCUCCCGGUGUCCCUGAGGAGCAGCUCGACCUUCUCUCGACUCUGGAUCUGAGGCAGGAGAUACCUACCCCGCGAGUGUCCAAGAGCUUCCUGAGCCCACUCUUCCAGGUGCUGAGCGUGUUGUUAUCCCUGGUAGGAGGUGUGCUGGUCAGUGUGUACAGGGAGGUCUGUUCCAUCCGCUUCCUGCUCACGGCUGUGUCACUGCUGAGCCUCUUUUUGGCAGCACUCUGGUGGGGGCUCCUGUACCUGGGCCCUCCUUUGGAGAAUGAACCUAAGGAGAUGCUGACUCUAAGCGAAUACCACGAGCGUGUGCUUUCCCAGGGGCAGCAGCUGCAGCAGCUCCGGGCUGAGCUGGUUAAACUCCACAAGGAGGUGUCCAGCGUUCGCGCAGCCAACAGCGAGAGAGUGGCCAAACUCGUAUUCCAGAGGCUGAGUGAGGACUUUGUGCGGAAACCCGACUAUGCGCUGAGCUCUGUGGGAGCCUCCAUCGACCUAGAGAAGACGUCCCCCGACUAUGAGGAUGCGAACACUGCCUACUUCUGGAAUCACUUCAGCUUCUGGAACUAUGCGCGACCGCCCACGGUUAUCCUGGAGCCAGAUGUGUUCCCUGGGAAUUGCUGGGCUUUUGAGGGCGACCAGGGCCAGGUGGUGAUCCAGUUGCCGGGUCGUGUGCAGCUGAGCGACAUCACUCUGCAGCAUCCACCGCCCAGUGUGGCACACACCCGGGGUGCCCAGAGCGCCCCACGUGACUUCACAGUCUAUGGCCUCCAGGUUGAUGAUGAGACUGAAGUUUUCUUGGGGAAAUUCACCUUCGAUGUGGAGAAAUCUGAGAUUCAGACUUUCCACCUAGAGAAUGACCCCCCAGCUGCCUUUCCCAAGGUGAAGAUCCAGAUUCUAAGCAACUGGGGCCACCCCCAUUUCACAUGCUUGUAUCGAGUCCGAGCCCAUGGCAUUCAAACCUCAGAGGGGUCAGGGGACAGUGCCACAGGGGGGGCCCAUUAAACAUGCUGAUUGUUGGAGUAGAGUGGAGGUCUGUGCUGAAAGCAGCUCGAUCAGUGCUGGGAGGUAUCUUGCAGGAAGGGGGGUGUGCGGCGCUCUAGUUGCCUUUGGUAUAUAAACAUGGUUGGGGGGUCUACCAAAAUGCCCUCUUUGAGAAGUCCACAUCAAUACAGUAGCAGCAGUAGAUGAUGUUUAUGGAGUGUUUACCAUGUGCACAAGACAGUACUCUGUAUGUUAUAUGCCUUACCCUAACUAAUCUUCACA